AUGUCGAUCAACUGGGAGGAUUAUGAGGAGCCCUUGAAAAAGCCGAAGAACCCUCUCGUCCUAAUAGGGUGUGGGGUGACCGCCGGCGUCCUUUUUGCUGGUCUCGUGGCGUUCAAGAAGGGCAACCAGGGACUGUCCCAGAAGAUGAUGCGGGCGCGCGUCAUUGCACAAGGGGCAACAGUAGCCCUUAUGGUCGCUUCCUCAGGUGGGGGGGGGGGUGGAGGGUUGAAAGUGUGCACAUCUGCAUGGCUGAAGGCUCGAGUGUGUGUCCAUAGUGUCGGCCAUCUUGCGGGAUUAGGCAACUCAUUCACUUGUUUUUUACACAGGGUAUGUAGCGCUGACAUCCAAGAAGGACCCCGUCGUCGAGGGGCUUGCUGGGGAUCUGGACAAGCAACUAAAGUGAUGGUGUUGAGGGUCUUGCUGAAGGAUUACCAAGACUGUCCUCUUGGUGCCCCCUAG